AGGCUGUCAGCCAGGUCACCCUAUCUUUUCUCGUGGUCGAAAUGAUUCCUUCUCCAAAUUUCUCAUUUCCUUCGCAUUUGCAUUUGCAUUUGCAUUUCCCUUCUUUCCUCUCUCUCUCUCUCUCUCUCUCUCUCUCUCUCUCUCUCUCUGUUUAUAAACCCCCGUUUCUCUUCUUCCCUCUUCCUCUUAUUCUCGUCUUUCAACUCACCUAGGUCGACAACACUCACUCCUCUCUCAGCCAGACCUUCUUCUUUGGAGGGUUGGCUCUUUCUUCUUCGUUCGUUCCUUCCUUCCUUCAUUCAUUCUCCUCUCUUUCAUCCAAGGUUUUGAAAAAAAAUGGCCGAUGCCGAGGAUAUCCAGCCCCUCGUCUGUGACAAUGGAACUGGAAUGGUGAAGGCUGGUUUUGCUGGUGAUGAUGCUCCUAGGGCUGUUUUCCCCAGUAUUGUUGGUCGUCCCCGACAUACUGGUGUCAUGGUUGGGAUGGGCCAAAAAGAUGCCUAUGUUGGGGAUGAAGCUCAGUCCAAAAGAGGUAUUCUUACCUUGAAAUAUCCCAUUGAACAUGGUAUUGUCAGUAACUGGGAUGACAUGGAAAAGAUUUGGCAUCACACGUUCUACAAUGAGCUUCGUGUUGCUCCCGAAGAACACCCUGUGCUUCUGACUGAGGCGCCACUCAACCCAAAGGCUAACAGAGAAAAGAUGACUCAAAUCAUGUUUGAGACAUUCAAUGUGCCUGCUAUGUAUGUUGCCAUCCAGGCCGUUCUGUCCCUCUAUGCUAGUGGACGUACCACUGGUAUUGUGCUGGAUUCUGGUGAUGGUGUGAGUCACACUGUUCCCAUCUAUGAGGGUUAUGCCCUUCCUCAUGCCAUUCUCCGUUUGGACCUUGCUGGUCGUGACCUUACUGAUGCUCUCAUGAAGAUUCUCACUGAAAGAGGUUACAUGUUCACCACCACUGCCGAACGGGAAAUUGUCCGUGACAUGAAAGAGAAGCUGGCAUAUGUUGCUCUUGACUACGAACAAGAACUUGAGACUGCAAAGAGCAGUUCCUCUAUUGAGAAGAACUACGAACUUCCUGAUGGACAAGUCAUCACCAUCGGAGCUGAGAGAUUCCGUUGCCCAGAAGUUCUAUUCCAGCCAUCUCUCAUUGGUAUGGAAGCUGCAGGAAUCCACGAAACUACUUACAACUCCAUCAUGAAGUGUGACGUAGAUAUCAGAAAGGACCUUUACGGAAACAUCGUCCUCAGUGGUGGUUCAACUAUGUUCCCUGGUAUUGCAGACAGGAUGAGCAAGGAAAUCACAGCCCUUGCUCCCAGCAGCAUGAAGAUUAAGGUUGUUGCACCACCUGAAAGGAAAUACAGUGUUUGGAUUGGAGGGUCUAUUCUUGCAUCUCUAAGUACCUUCCAGCAGAUGUGGAUCUCAAAGGGUGAAUAUGACGAAUCUGGCCCAUCGAUCGUCCACAGGAAGUGCUUCUAAGCUCUAUCAAUUUCUUUGAUGAUGAAGAAGAUGAUGAUGAUGGUGAGUUAUUUCCCUUUAGUUGGCUUUUUUGUGUCAUGUAAUGUUGAACUGAGAUUGGUUGGCGUCAAAGAAGAAAAAAGGGGGGUCUGUUCUAUUGAAUUGAAGGGAUUGUGUUACAUUUUGUUGUAUCUCAAAUGGCAUUUGAUUCUCCAAUCAUACGGGUGUUGGUGGCCUGUUGGAAGCUUACAAAUAGCUGUGGUGUGACCCUUCAGAUUUGGGCAAAAAAGGAUUCUGUUCUAUUCUGUUCUGUCAUCUCUGUGGUUCAACCAUUUCUUUUUAUUUAGGGAUAUUUGUAGCAGAAGAGUGAUUGGUGAUGCUUUUCCUAAAUAUAUAUUUUUUCUUCUUUCAA